AUGGGUAUCAGCCGUGAUCACUGGCAUAAGCGUCGAAAAACGGGUGGCAAACGCCCACAACCACAUAAAAAACGAAAAUUUGAAUUAGGUCGUCCAGCAGCUCAUACAAAAUUAGGUAUCAAACGCAUUCAUACUGUUCGUACACGUGGCGGUAAUAAAAAAUAUCGUGCAUUACGUUUGGAUAUUGGUAAUUUUUCAUGGGGUAGUGAGGGUAUAACAAAAAAAACACGUAUUAUCGAUGUUAUGUAUCAUUCAUCAAAUGAAAACAUUCGAACGAAAACAUUAACCAAAUCAACAAUUGUUCAAAUUGAUGCGGUACCAUUUCGUCAAUGGUAUGAAAGUCAUUAUGCUUUACCACUUGGACGUAAAAAAGGUGUCAAAUUAACGGAACAAGAAGAAGCCGUAUUAGCCAAACAACGUUCACAAAAAGCUCAAAAAAAAUUACAAGUAAUUCAAAAAACAGCUAAAGUUGAACAAGGUUUAGAAGAACAAUUUCAAGCAGGAAGAGUGUUAGCAUGUGUUGCAUCAAGACCGGGACAAUGUGGUAGAUGUGAUGGUUAUGUAUUGGAAGGAAAGGAAUUAGACUUUUAUGUGAAAAAAAUUAAACAGAAAAAAUCAAAGUAA